GCUGCGUCAACCUGCGCAUGCGCAGAGAGAAGAAGUGCAGCGGCUGUAUUUCCUGCUUCUUCCCACACGAAGCAAUGGCACAAGAGAAAGCUUCUGUGAUCCUUAGAGUGAUAGCGGCCGUUUGCAUUACCACGGUGCUCGGCUUUGUUGAAGAUCUAGAUAGCACGUUUAAAGACACCAGAGUGAACGACAUCUGGCUGGUUGAUUUUUAUGCUCCAUGGUGCGGUUACUGUAAAAAACUAGAACCCAUCUGGGAUGAAGUGGGGGCGGAGCUUAGGAGCUCCGGCUCGCCAGUGCGUGUCGGAAAGAUGGAUGCAACUGCCUACUCAGGAAUGGCGUCGGAGUUCGGCGUUCGUGGUUACCCCACCAUAAAACUGCUAAAGGCAGAUCUCGCAUACAAUUACAAAGGACCAAGAACGAAAGAUGAUAUCGUGGAGUUUGCCAACAGGGUGGCAGGACCGGCCGUGCGGGCGCUUCCCAGCACGCAGAUGUUUGAGCACAUGAUGAAACGGCACGACGUCCUCUUCGUGUACGUUGGCGGGGACUCUCCCCUGAAAGAGAAAUACAACGAUGCAGCCUCUGAGCUCAUCGUCUAUACAUACUUCUUCUCGGCUUCAGAGGAUGCCGUGCCAGAGUCCAUCUCCAUGCCGGAGCUUCCUGCGGUUGUGGUCUUUAAGGACGGAGAUUAUUUUACCUACGAUGAGUACGAGGACGGCAGCCUGUCAUCGUGGGUGAACAGGGAGCGCUUCCAAGGAUACCUCCAGAUUGAUGGCUUUACGUUGUAUGAACUCGGAGAAACAGGAAAACUCGUGGCGAUUGCAGUCAUCGAUGAGAAGGACGCCACGGAGGAGAGCGGCAGAUUAAAGACCUUGAUGCAGAGGGUGGCGAAGGAAUACAGAGAACAUUUUAACAGAGUUUUCCAGUUUGGCCACAUGGAUGGCAGCGACUACAUUAACAGCCUCAUUAUGGGUGAGGUAAAAGUGCCCUCCGUAAUCAUCCUCAACACGUCCAACGAGCAGUACUUCCUGUCCAGUGAGCCGAUUGAGACCAUGGAGCAGCUGGUCCAGUUCAUCAGCGAUGUUUUGAACGGUUCUGCACAGGCUUAUGGAGGCGAUGGCUUCAUUCAGAGGAUCAAACGGGUGGCGUUUGAUGCCAGGUCCACCAUUAUGUCUGUGUUUCGCAGCUCUCCACUGCUGGGCUGCUUCCUGUUCGGCCUACCGCUGGGUGUAAUUAGCCUGAUGUGCUACGGCAUCUGCACAGCCGAGUCGGAUGACGGUUCGGAUGACAUAGACGCGCUGAAAAGGGAGGGCCUCACUGAUGAGGAGGAGGAAGAGGAGGAGGAGAGGCAAGACACUGCUGAGCUGGAGGCCCCCGAAGAAGAAGAAGAAGACGAAGAAGAGGAGGAGGAGGAAGAAGGAGAGAAAGACCCCGAAGAGAAGAAAACUGAUUAACACAGGCGUGCCUGCCGGAUAGAAGAUGAUGGGCCUAGUCAAAUGCAGUGACAUGAAACUCAAAGACAUUUCUGUGUUGUACUCCUCUUUGUUUUUCUUCUCACUGCCUGGUAAGCCCCCGGACUGUUCUUCCAUCUUUGAGUUUUGGGGGUUUGCGAGGUCGGCUGCUCGUCUGAAUUAAAAAAGCGUUUCCACGGAAGAGUGUAAACGGCUUUCCACCAGAUAAAAGGAUGGCUACGAACCCCCAGAUACCAACUCCAAUAUAGACGCUGUCUGUGAUGUUACACUCUCAUCUGAUACAUUAACGUUGUGAAACCACUUCCAAGUAGAACCCCCCCUGCUUUAUCUCCCCCUGUCAUAUCGCAACCUAUUCUCUUUAUGUCCCACAAAAGGGGGAAAAACGACUCCAUUCUGCCUUUACUAUUGAAAAUUGCUUUUUUUUUACCCCAAAAACUGUAAAUAUUGUUGCGUAGUGCUACAGGAAGUGCCCAAAAGGAACGCCUGCCAUAAAGUGAAAUGUGCUUUUUUCUUACUGCCUGAAAGCGCCUCCUCUUGUUCUUUAAGGGGGGGGGUUGCAAAGUGCCGAAACGGUCGUAUAUUUUGACUCAUUUUCCUGUCAGCCACUUUCCCAUUGGCAUCGAAAAGAGGAUAAAGUUAGCUGAAACUGAUUUGAAUCACUCUGGAGUACAGAAACGUUCUUUUAAAUCCAAAAUACUACCUGCUAAGAAGCAGUUUGAGCCAUGAUGUGACGGGGGUUUGACGGGGUGGCGUUCUUCAGACAGAAUCGUCCGUGUUUCAGUCGGUCUUCCAUCACCAGUCGCCAUAUUGGAUUCUCCUGGCAGGUAGAAGGAAGGAAUGUGAUGCAAAGAAUAUUAGGACUUGUUGUUCAAACAGGCUCCUACUGAAAGCUCUACUGGCUUAAACCACUGUCCUGCUUUUCCAUGUGACUAAAGCUCACGAAGGAGCAAAAACCUGGAAUGUUGUACUCUCUUACCGCCCCCUCCGGAGGGCACUCUGUUCUAAGCACAGUACGGUUUAACUUAUGGAGUUUGUACUUCAGAUCCAGAAACGCCACAAAGUUGGGCUCCUCAGGAGAAGCACAGGUGUUUUUAGCAGGUCGCUAACCCUCGCCUCGCCUUUUGGUCCUUGUAGCUCCGCCCUCGGCUCCUCGUUAGGUUUUAAUCAGAUCAUUGUUACAGGUUUGAAAACAUGAAAAUAAAGACUGUCUUCGUUA